AUGGCCGCUCCACCGGAUCUGGGAAUUCCCCCCUCUCCGCACACGGUCGAUGUGUCCAUCAUCGACACGGGAGCCACGAUCCGUGGCGCGCCGGUGCGUUUGUUCCUUACGCCGCCAAUUGAAGGCCACGACUACCUCGCGGCUCCGAUCUACUCAUUCCUGAUCCAGCACCGCACCCUCGACCGUACCCUCGUCUUUGACCUCGGCAUCCGCAAGGACUGGAAGAACCUGAGUCCACCUUUAAUAUCGCUCCUAAAUGCCCUCGGGUGGACGCUUCGUACCAAGAAAGAUGUGCGCGAGAUCCUCGACGCAGGCGGCAUCGACACAAAGCGCAUCGAAGCAGUGAUCUGGAGCCAUACGCACUUCGACCACACGGGCGAUCCGAGCCGGUUCGAGCCCAGCACAGCGCUCAUCAUUGGCGGCAAGCUGCCCAAAGGCUACCCGGCCGAUCCGACGUCACCAAUCCUCGAGACAGAUUACACCGGGCGCGAACUGAUCGAGCUCGAUUUCGCGACCGGCAAUAACGGUCGCUACAAGCCCUUACAGAUCGGCCGCUUCAGAGCACUAGAUUAUUUCGCCGACGGCUCGUUCUACCUUAUCGAGACGCCGGGCCAUACGGCAGGGCAUAUCAGCGCCCUGGCUCGUGUCACCCCCGAUCCAGACCCCUCAUUCAUCUUCCUCGCUGGUGACCUAUUUCAUCACCCCGGUGAAAUCCGUCCCAGCCGGUACCUCCCUAUCCCAAGCGACAUCCGACCCGACCCAUUUGCGCCGGAUCCGCACCCCGUUGACUGCCACUACGGCUGUCCGGGAGCAAUAUUUGAUGAGUUGCAAGCUCAGAGGGGGAGAAGCUCCGUCGACACGUUCUAUGAACCCGCCCGCAUGACAGGGGCUGAGUCUAUCCACGAGGACGUGGACGAGCUGCUGCGGACGGUGAAUAAACUGCAGGAUGCAGAUGCGCACAAGAACGUGCUCGUCGCUGCCGCGCAUGACGAGUCGCUGGCGGAGGUGGUCGAAUUCUUUCCCAAGGGGAAGCUAAACGACUUUGCGCAGAGGGGGAGCGUGAGCAGGUUAAGGUGGCGGUUCCUCAGGGACUUCGCCAAGGCGGUUGGGAAGAUGACGCAUUUGCUGGGGCCAAGGAGGGAAUGGGGGCCUGUGAAAGGUGAGCGAGACGAAGAGGAAUAA